CAAACGGGAUGAGGUAGCUACGAGCUCCGUCGCAGUUCGGCCGUUCACUAAGACCUGGAACCAUGCAUCUCGGAAUAAAGACCGGUUACUUAAUGCUACUCUUCGCAGUUCUUGUUACUGGAACGAGGACUGAGGAAAGUGUUAACAGGUGCCACGAAGAUGCGACGAGCGCGAAAGAGGUGCAGACAGAAGAAGAACGGGGGUGCCGUGACCGAUCACACCGUGACCAGAACCGCUUCCUGGCUAACAAGCAUGGUGCCAUGCAAUCUGGCGAAGUAUACCCCGAAGAGGACCGGGUACUUGAACAGAUCUUUUCUAUGGGCAGGAAAGUGAAGCCGUAUAUCCCGUUCGUCAAUCGACGACCGAGGAAAGAGCGUCAAGGAAGCACUUCGUGCAAUUAGGUGUGAUUAAUUGGUGUACCUAAGUGAACAAUAAAGAGUGCACGUCUCACAGC